AUGUGGCAGGAAUGGCCAAUGGCAGCAGGCGUUCCGCCUGCUCGACGAGAUGGAGGAGAAGGAUUCGGGAGGAAAGAUACCCGUCCCAACGUUGUGACCUACAACGCGCUCAUCACUGUAUGCAGAGACCAGAGACUCUGGAUGCUGGCUCUGCGACUGCUGCCAGAGAUGCGGAGGCGCGGCCUGGAUCCCGACAUCGCCACGUUUGGCGCCCUUGGCAGCGCUUGCGGAAGCUGCGGCGAGUGGAGUUGGGCGCUGGAGUUGCUUGGCCAGAUGAAGGCAGACGAGCUCCAGCCGAACGAUAUCUCCUACAACGUCACGAUGCUCGCCUGCGCCAGGGGCAACCAGUGGACAUGGGCGCUCGGCCUGAUGGACGAGAUGCGGGGGAGAGAGCUCCCCCCCUCGGUCAUCUCGUACGGCGCCGCCCUCAAGGCAUGCGCUGGGGGCGAGGCGUGGACGCAGGCCCUGGGCAUCCUCGGGGAGAUGCGCUCUAGGAAGGUCCAGCCGAACCUGCUCGUCUUCGGCGUCACCGUCGCCUCGUGCCAGGUUUGCGGCCGCUGGGAGCAUGUGCUCUCCCUCGUGCGCGAGAUGCGGAGCCAGGAGCUGGAGCCCGACGACCGCGUGCUGGACCAGGGCAUCAAGGAAGCCGUCGAGGGGGACAGCCAAUGGGACUUGGCGCUGGAGCUCGAGGCCAGCCGCAUCGAGAAGCAGAGGGAGGCGGAGCUGGAGCGGGAGGACAUCGACGCCCUGGCCGAGCUGGAAGACGUGCUCGGCGUCGGCGGGGGCAGCGGCGGCGGAGCCGGCGACGCCCUCGGCAUCCUUGCAGACGACGGCCGCGCGGCACGCGACCUCGACCUCGGCCUGGCGGUCGACCGGGCGUCUGGCGGGCGGGCUCCGUGCGGGGCCCGGGGCGCCGCGAUGAGCCGCGGGGGGAAGGUCGCGGUGGUGACGGGGUCCAACUCGGGCAUCGGCAAGGAGUCUGCCCGGCAGCUCGUGGCGAGAGGCUUCCACGUCGUCCUGGCGUGCCGCAGCCAGGACAAGGCCGACGCUGCGGCGGCCGAGAUCGGCGUGCUGGAGAGAGUGGAGGCCAAGACAGCGAUGACGGUCAUGCUGCUUGACACCAGCAAGAUGGCCAGUGUGAAAGCCUUCGCGGCCGCGUUCCUGGCGAAAUUCGACCGCCUGGACGUGCUCGUGCACAACGCUGGCACCGGCUACGUGGUGAGGGAUCUCCGCACCACGGAGGAUGGCCUGGAGGCGUUCUUCCAGACGAACUACUUAGGGCCUUUCUUGCUGAGCAAGCUGCUACUGGAGGUGAUCAAGAAGAGCAGCGGCCGGGUCGUGUGCGUGUCCAGCAUCGAGCACUGGGAGGGCUCCUACGACUUCGCGAAGGCCACGGCGAAGACCGGCGGCCAGUCAUACCCUACCAGCAAGCUGAUGCUGACGUUGCACGCGUUCGAGCUGCGGAAGCGGCACGGCGUCUUGGCCGUGGCGGCGAAUCCAGGCUCGCCGGGAGGGCGCCGGGCUGGACGCAUCGCGCUUGCGACGCAGCGCAAGAUCCUGAAGGGAGAGCCCGCCGCCAUCUCCAUCCAGUCCUGGAAGAGCCACGCAUUGAAGAGGAAGUGCGCUCAUCAGUUUGGAGCGGAGACGCUGGCGAUAUCUGAAGGGAUGGCCAUGGCGGAGUUUAUGCGGACCAUGCUGCUCGAGAUCGUCGACCUUUUUUUUGAUCUCAUGAGGCCCUAUCUGCUGGCGGGGCGCAUCCCAGUCAUCAACGCCUCCGACUCUCCCAGAAGCUGUGACCGCGUGGCCAGGCCUAAGCAAGGAGAGUACGGUGCCACUUCGGACAGCAUCGUGCUACGCAGCCGCUACGAGGAGCAGGUCAAGCGCAAGCAGAAGGAGCCUAAUCACUUCGCGCGCGUGACCGACUGCUGCUUCACAGGUCUGGACCUGCACGAGAUGGACUGCCGAGCAGCUCAUAACCAAAGCAACGCCGCCGAGGACCACAAUUUCGAGCCAGAGGCCGUCAGGAGAUUCAGGGAGGCACAGCAGGCCUUCGCAGCCCGGUCGGAGGAGCAGUUGCGAUUGGUAUAG